AUGUCUGACAAUCGAUCGUCACGUAUCGAUGAAUAUUUACCUACUCAAGGUUUGCUCUAUUUCGAUGAACAAUUGAAAUACGUCAUAUCGAAACCGAAAAUCAUGCCGUUGAAAUCGUUGACUUUAGAAAAAUUAGAAACAUUGCAAAACGAAGCACAAGACAAGUUAAAACAACAAGAAAAACUUGGCGUUGAUCUUCAAUGA